GCGCAGCCCCGCCCCCUCGGCGCCGUCCCUCUCCCAGAGGCGGCAACCGCUCUUCCCGCUUGGCGGGGCUGGCUGCGCCUCGUUUUCUGUUGACCAUGGGGGACCCCAGCAAGCAGGACAUCCUGACCAUCUUCAAGCGCCUCCGCUCAGUGCCGACCAACAAGGUAUGUUUUGAUUGCGGUGCCAAAAAUCCCAGCUGGGCAAGCAUAACCUACGGGGUGUUUCUUUGCAUCGAUUGCUCAGGGUCACACCGGUCUCUGGGUGUUCACUUGAGUUUUAUUCGGUGUGAGGAGCCAGCUAGGCAGUCUUCCUUUUUCCACCAACACGGGUGCACCACCAGUGACACCAGCGCCAAGUACAAGAGCCGCGCUGCCCAGCUCUACAGGGAGAGAAUCAAGUCACUCGCCUCCCAAGCCACACGGAAGCACGGCACUGAUCUGUGGCUUGAUGGUUGUGUGGUUCCGCCCUUGGCCCCUGUCCCAAAGGAGGAAGACUUUUUUGCCUCUCAUGCCUGUCCCGAGGUGAGUGGCACAGGGUGGGCACUGCCACAACCAGACCCAUCUUCUUUAACAGCAGCGAACAUGGAAGCCUCUCUAUCAAAUGCUGAAGAUGGACCAGAACCAGGACCAAGUGUGGAAGGUCUUAAUGUACCAGCAAAGGCUGCUUUAGAGGUUUCAUCUAUCAUAAAAAAGAAACCAAAUCAAGCUAAAAGAGGGCUUGGGGCCAAAAAAGGAAGUUUGGGAGCCCAGAAACUGGCGAAUACAUGCUUUAAUGAAAUUGAAAAGCAAGCCCAGGCUGUCGAUAAACUGAAGGAAAAGGAAGACCUGGCCCGCAUGGCCCCUCAGGAAGAAUCGAUCGUUUCAUCAUUACGAUUAGCUUAUAAGGAUCUUGAAAUUCAGAUGAAGAAAGAUGAAAAGAUGAACAUGAGUGGCCAAAAAAAGAUAGAAUCAGAGAGACUUGGCAUGGGGUUUGGAAACCGCAGAAGUGGUAUUUCACAUUCAGUGACUUCAGACAUGCAAACCAUUGAACAGGAAACGCCAGUCACAGCCAAACCAAGAAAAAAGUAUAGCGAUGACAGUGAUGAUUCAUACUUUACCUCCAGCUCAAGGUAUUUUGAUGAGCCAAUGGAGUUAAGGAGCAGCUCUUUUUCUAGCUGGGAUGACAGUGCAGAUUCCUUUUGGAAAAAAGAGACCAUCAAAGAUACCGACACAGUUCUGAAAACCACAGGCUAUUCAGACAGACCUACUGCUCGCCGCAAGCCAGACUACGAGCCAGCCGAAAACACAGAUGAGGCCCAGAAGAAGUUUGGCAACGUCAAAGCCAUCUCAUCAGAUAUGUACUUUGGAAGACAAGCCCAAGCUGAUUAUGAAACCAGGGCCCGGCUGGAGAGGCUCUCCGCAAGUUCCUCCAUAAGUUCAGCCGAUCUGUUUGAUGAGCAGAGGAAGCAAACAGCAGGAAGCUACAACCUCACAAGUGUGCUGCCCACGGCUCCCGACAUGGCCCAGUUCAAGCAGGGAGUGAGAUCCGUGGCCGGCAAGCUCUCUGUCUUUGCCAAUGGAGUCGUGACUUCGAUUCAGGACCGCUACGGGUCGUGAUACUGACAUGGCGCUCUGUCUCCUGGAGAUGUGACCACAGACAGCAGCGGAAACCAGCCAGCCUUGUGGAUUGUCUUGCUACUUUUUCACAUAGUAUAUAUGCAUUCCUGAUUUCUAAUAAUUCUUUUGAGAAAUUCUUGUUUUUGACUUAGUGGAAGCUGUACUCUAAUUUCUGUUUUGCGUCACUUCCUGUGCACGCCAUCCUUCCUGCACACCCAUGCGAAUCCCUGCUUUAUUUGCCUGAAAUCUUCAGUUCCAGCAGCCCAGGGUCCCCUAAACCGGGACACAGGCUCCACCCCCACCUCCAGGCAGAGUGCCCUGUGUGCAGGUCUCUGUGCUGUGUGUCUCUUGGCUGAGGGCUACCAAAGUCAGCUGCUGCUGGGUGGGCCUGGAGAAACAAAAUUCCCAAUGCACAUUUCAUUGAAAAGGGAGCAAAGAAUAAAAACAAAAGACUAAAACAUGACUGAUGGCUAAUUUGACAAGUUGCUUCGUUUCUGUUUUUCAGGUAUUAAGGUGAUUUCAAAAUAAUGCUUAAAGCUGUCUGUCCCUUUGUAAGUUAUUUUGUGUGAUCAUAAAUUUAAAAAAACUUUCAGUGAGUGCUUUUAACAAAUCUACGCUUCUUCAUUGCCAAGGGAAUUAAUCUUUUGACAAGGUGUUGCUGUUUGAAUUUAUGAGAAAUGUAAGAUGAGUUUAUAAAUCAAUAUAGUGUACAGAAUUAAAAAUGAAUAAGGUUAAGAUACACCCACAGAAAAUAUUUCAGUGCAUGGGGAAAUAGUAGUGGUAAUUGAGUAAUAGUGUUGGCAUUUUUUAUCUGAAUCUUGGUUUUCAAAAAAAUUACAGAAUGUGUGUAAAUGAAUAAAAAAUAAUUUGGCUGUGUUUUAGACAGCAGUAGGAUAUAUUAUUUAGCACAGUUAAAUACAUUUGGAAUUUGAUGAUCCAGAAACAUGGUUUCAGCUAAUAUUUUGUGAAUUUUUCUUAAAAGCUUGAAUUUGUAGAGUCUAAGUAUAAUAAACAGUUGUACCAGA